AUGAGGAUGGAAAAGCCAACAGAUAAACCACUUUCCGCAAGGGAUAUGAAUGACGAUUACUCUGGGGGUUCGAUGGGUGAUAAUGACUGUUUAAAUUUUUUCGAAAGGGCUGUCCAGGACCCGUGCUGCGAGGCCUGUGACACAGAAGAUGCAGAUGACGAACUGAGGGCAAAGCUCAAUAAUUUCAAUUUCCAAUCGGAUUCUUCCCCCUGUAGUGGUACGUGUCAACAGACGCUGAACCCCCUGUGCGAGAUAGAUGAAGUUCAACCGGAGAGGCCAGCUUUAGCUCCUUCGAGAAACGGCUCGGUAUCUGGGGUGAACUCUGAUGCUAAUUCUAUUCCGUCUUAUACCCAUGACCCGAACGACACCAAAUAUGGAGCCAUGCCCAGCUUGAGAAAGGCCAAAACAACGUCAUACUUCACUUCCCCUUCCUCAAAUAACAGUACCAUGAGAAACUCACUGAAAAAAUGUAAUACAAACGUAAACGGCCUCCUAACAAACAGAAGAAACUCGAGCUCCUCUAGACAAUCCAUACCUGAACUGUAUAGUGGUGCUUGCACGAGGAAGAAAAGCAACGUAUUAUUAAAGAAUGAAACGCCACAGUCGGAAUUUUCUAGCAGCUCUCUACAACAUUCCAACACAAGGUCAUUUUCCCUACCCAGGUCAAGAUCAAGGUCCUCUGCUAUUGCUAUACCCACACACUUGUAUGGCCUGGAAAAAUACGUUUCACCCGAGUUGGAUACCUUAACGGCUGACCCAGUAAACAGCGUUGGGAAUUCUCUAAAUGCUGGGGGGCCUGUAAAUUCUUCCAUUUCUUCAAGUAAUACAGGAGACACAGAUUCAUCCGUGCCAAAUUCAAACGAUGUAGCAACGCUCAAUUACUCCCCAGGUGCAAAUACGAACCGAUACCACCCACCAAGGCAGCAACCGCACCAGCCGCUAUUAGCAAAACCAAGCUUCGGCGCUGGAAGGAAAAAAUCUUUCAUCGAAGUUUCAUUGGCAAGUUCAUUUGCAGACUAG